AUGGAGACCGAACAUCCUUCGGACCCUAGUUUGCCCUUCGGCUACUCUUUUAAUGAGAGCCAGGACGUUUUUCGAGAUCCUCCUCCCGAACCCGCACCCGGAGACCCAAUCUUGACCGCUGCCGACUCACUCAACAUCCAGAACUUUUUCGAGACGCUUUCAUCCGACCGCAAUCCACCACCCAGCUUCGGCGAAGGAUUGAACUUUACAGACUCCUGGCUUGACCUACCCCCCCAGUUGAUAGGUUCUACAACCUCGUUCGGACAACAACCUCGCACAAGCCCACCAUCCCACAUGAAUCUCUCGAACAACUUUCAGCUUCUCGAACACCCCCACGACGGGGCGGCCCAUUUAUCAGGCGCAAUGUUGCCCCCGGCCAAUCCGUCCGUAUACUCCGCCGGAACACCCCGCGUAGCGCAACCAACCAUGCCUAUGGCAGCUCCUAAGGAUGAUACUGAGCUCGUUGAGGCAGCUAGGGUUCUCCACCACGGGCCAAUAGACAGAUCAGCCGUCGCCCAGGUGGCCCAGCACACCCAGCACCAGUUCCCCAUGAACCCAUCCUUUCCCAGCGUUCAAGAUCUCGGACCCGACUAUAGGCAUGAACCAGGAACUCUCCUCGGCCACGGACUGCUCAGGAAUGAGAACGGGAUCGCGAAUGGGAUGAAUGGUUUGGUCGACGGUUCUAAUGCUAUCGUCAACCACCAAUUCCCCAGCGUUCUAUAUAGUGGACAACCGUCGGAAGCGUCGCCUGGACACACUCAGGCAACCGACUACUAUUGGGGUUCGGAUGCCAACUUCAACGGGUCCCAGGGAUUCGUGCCGCAGUCGGUUAGAGAUACGACGGAAGCCCUAUCGGCGCAGCAGCUCCAGAUGAUGCAGUGCCUUAGUUACAACCAGAGCGCCGGGACGACGCGGCCGUCGAGCCCGGUUGUUAAUCACGGUUCUUCUAGUUCCCCUCUUGCGACGGCUAGCCUAGCGGCCAUGGACAUAGGAGAAGGGCCACCGCGCAAGCGACGGAAGAGCAAGAUUGCCAAGGAAGAGGCUGCUGCUGCAGGCGACGAGGACGAAUCUUCUCCACGACCGACGACGGCCAAGUCGGGAAGGAGACGGAAGACCAAGACGGAAGCCGCAGGAGCGGGAUCGUCCCCCGGCGAAGGGUCGGAGGCAACGCCCAAGGGCACCACGCCCCCGAAGAGACGCAAGUCGGCGACGAACGGAGCGAAGCCGCCUCGAGAAAACCUGACGGAAGAACAGAAGCGGGAGAACCACAUCCGCAGCGAGCAGAAGAGGCGUACCGUUAUCAAGGAGGGCUUCGACGAUCUCUGCGCCAUCGUGCCAAAGCUUCGGGGUGGCGGCAUCAGCAAGAGCAAUAUGCUUACUACUGCUGCUGAGUGGCUUGAUGAGCUUCUUCGGUACAACAAGGAGCUCACAGACCAACUGGCCAGAAUCAGGACCUAG